AUGUCUCGCAUUCGACACCAAGGUUUGAUGGAGACUGCCAACCUGGCUGGCUCGGCGGCUCUGCGUUACAUCACAUUGAGCCGCUGUUGGGGCAAACCAGGCUUGGACGCACUUCCGCUGCGCACGACGAAAGAGACCAUCUCUCUGGCCCGCGUGCUCGGUUGUUACUUUCUCUGGAUUGAUUCACUUUGUAUUAUCCAGGACGACAUGGACGACUGGCUCACACAACCUGCCGAGAUGGCCGAUAUCUGCGCCAAUGGCUAUUUCAACAUUGCAGCUGCAGCUGCUACAAAUUCUUCGGAAAGCCUAUUUAGUGAGCGGCACCAGUUUGUAUGGCUAACAAACGGAAUGUGA